GGAUGUACCCUGGGAAGUACGUGUUCAACCGACGCACGGUGUGUCUGGUGGCUCUGCGCUGAUGUCUUGCGCGGCCUCGGCUCCGGUCCGAGGUCACAUCACAGUCACGAGGUGGUUUAAGGAUGGUAGCGUCCUGGCUCCCAUGGCGGCUGAUGCUGGCGGUCGAUAUAUGAUAGGUGGCAGCCGAGGUGAUAUCCUGGUGAUACGAGAAGCGAGACCUGAUGAUGCCAGUUCUUAUUCGUGCGAGGCUCAGCACGUACUAACGGGGGAGAAGAGAAGGAGUAACACAGCCAUGAUUGCUGUUUCACAUACUACGGGAAGUAUGGCACCAAGAAUCCUCACAAUAUCAGAAGACGAGACAGUUCCUCAAGGAGGGGACAUCCGAUUAGUUUGUUGUGCUAUUGGCAGUCCUCCUCCCACGUAUAGUUGGUUCCGUCAUGCAAACGGUCGCCUGAGUCCUGUUUCCAACAGCAUAAGGAUAUCAGUGACAGAUCAAGUUUUAAUAAUUAGACGAGCUCAGAUCUCAGACAGUGGCGUAUGGACAUGCAGAGCUCACAACCAAUACGGCGAGCAGAGAAGAGAUGCGAGGCUUCGGGUCCGGUCUAGGCUCGUCGUCAGCGUGCAUCCACAGCUACAAGUUGCUAACUCAGGCAGUUCCGUUACCUUCAACUGCUCAGUGGAAGGAGGAGAGGCGCGAGUGCGGUGGCUGCACGAUGGGGUGCCGGUGGGGGGUGGUGAGCGGGUGCUGCGUGUCCACGGCGUCGUGCGCGCUCACCGUGGAAUGUAUCAAUGCUUUGCCGAGAGGGACCUGGAUAGUGCACAGGCUGCUGCGGAGUUAAGACUUGGAGACACAGCCCCGGAACUGCACUAUACGUUUAUCGAACAGGCCCUACACCCGGGGCCGGCACUCGCACUCCACUGCUCCGCUUCAGGGUCACCGCCGCCACGCUUCACUUGGCUGCUCGACAUGCAAGUAGUCGAGGAACAUAAUACACCGCAGAGAAGCGUCUCACAAUUCAUGAGUCCCAACGGCGACGUCGUGAGCUAUCUCAACAUAACAUCUGUUCGACCUGAAGACGGCGGGCGUUACAUUUGUCGCGCGCACAAUACAAGAGGCGCUGUGGAGCACUCGACGAGGCUUAAUGUUUACGGACCACCAUCAAUCAGGAACAUCGGACCAGUUCGAGUGGUAGCUGGAGUGAAUACAACAAUCUUCUGCCCUUACUCCGGAUUUCCAAUCAGUGAUAUCAGGUGGCAGCGAGGAGGUUUAGAUGUUGGAUCGACUGGCAGAGCACUGUCGGGGAGUGGUGGAGAACUUCUCCUUUGGCCAGCUGAACCAGCGGACGCUGGAGUGUAUUCAUGUAGAGUCACCGCACCAUCUGGACAGUAUGCCCAAAAAGAUGUGCAAAUUUUUGUCAGAAAUCCACCAAAAAUUGCUGGGUUUUCGUUUCCUGCAGACUUAGUAGAAGGAAGCUCUAUACAAGUUUUAUGUGGUAUAACGUCUGGAGACAAACCUGUUUACUUUUCCUGGUUAAAAGACGGCCUACAUAUUCCCACAAAUUUGCAGGUACAAGAGAAAUCCUUGGAUGAAUUUAGCUUUCUGAUUUUCUCACAUGUGACGUCGAAACACAGUGGAGAGUACACGUGUGUCGCGAGCAACACGGCAGCUGAAGUCAAUCACACAGCACGACUGGCUGUCAAGGUUGCUCCGUCGUGGGUGUUUGAGCCACAGGAUGUUUCAGUACUUCUUGGGACACAAAUACUUACACAUUGCUCUACGAAAGGAUAUCCAGAACCGCGAAUUACUUGGUUAAAAGCACAAGGUCCAAAUUCAGGCGAUUUUCGUCCCCUAACUCGAAUAGAGUUGCCGUUAUCAGUUCUAAGUAACGGUUCACUGAGCGCCGCGGCGGCGGUGCACGCGCACGAGGGUCGUUACAUGUGUCGCUCUGACAACAACGUCGGUAGAGGACUGUCGAAAAUUAUCACUGUUUCCAUUAAUGAGCCCGCUCACUUUGAGUUCUCAUCACGAAACAUGUCCGUACGUCGCACUUCGAGUGCUUCAUUGUCGUGCGCGGCGCGCGGCGACCCGCCCAUACAACUACACUGGACGCAUAACAUGCAACGACUAGAUCUUUCCACAUACAGGGUAUCGGUAUCAGAGAAAAGGUCAGAGAGCGGAGCGAGCUCUACACUUACAAUUGCGCAUGCGCAACGCCGUGACUCCGGCGUGUAUCGCUGUCGGGCUGAGAACGCUUUUGGUCGUGAUGAGCUGCUUAUUUACUUAGCUGUGCAAGAGUUUCCCGAGGCACCUCGAGGUCUGAUCGUAGUACGCCGUGAAGGACGAGCAGCUCGCCUCGCAUGGAGACGUGGGUACGAUGGUAAUGCGCGGCUACGAGCCUAUCGUCUGCAAUAUCGCGUUGUGGGCGACGCGAGACGAGCUGCUGAUUGGACGGACGCACCCACCAGGGACCUCUCACCAGAUUUGCUCAUACAAAGACAAGAAGCCGUGGAACCAGAAUCGGAAGUGAUCUUGGAAUAUCGAGUGGAUGGGCUUAGGCCAGCAACCGCUUACGCGUUACGGCUUGCCGCUGUUAACGAUAUCGGAGACAGUGAAUAUUCCGAAUCCGUCAUCGUGCAGACUUUAGAAGAAGCACCUUCAGAGCCUCCACGCAACGUUGAAAUUCAAGCAGAUGCACCAGGAGAACUAUUAGUCAAGUGGCAGCCUCCAUCUCAAGAAUCCUGGAACGGUGAAUUGCUCGGUUACGCGAUAUGGUGGCGGGGAGACAACGCAUCACUAGCGCUGACGGUGCCAGGCUGGGCCGCGACGCACGCUCGGCUCGCGUCUUUGCGCGCGCACGCGCGUUAUGAGGUGCGCGUGCGCGCGUUUAACGCAGUGGGCGCGGGGCCGUCAUGUGCCCCACUGGCAGCUACUACACUUGAGGACGUUCCUGACGCUCCACCGCAACAUAUCCGCUGCGAGCCGCUGUCCGCACAAUCCUUUCGCGUGUGGUGGGAGCCGCCACCAGCCGUUUCACGAGGUGGCCUACUUUUAGGAUAUGAAAUUAUGUAUCAGGAGGUUGGAUUAAUUGAUGCAAUAUGGGAAAGGCGUCGCGCUGGCGGCGGAGAAGCGCAAGUGGGGGGGCUGCGGGCGGGGAACUAUUCGCUGCAGGUGGCCGCGCGCACGGCCGCCGGCCUCGGCCCGCCCGCCGCCACGCACUGCGCCACGCUCGAUGAUGUCCCUGGACCACCAGCUGACAUAAAAGCAGUACCUAAUUCUGAGGAAUCUGUGAUAGUAAGCUGGCUCGCACCUGCACAGAAGAAUGGAAAGAUUAGACACUACACGGUGUAUAACAGGCCCCAAAGGACAGGCCAGCACUCCCACGUGAUGGUACCGCAUACCGAUGAAGAGCAAAUGCUGGAAGUGCGUGGGCUGCAGGAACACCAGCUCUACGAAUUUUGGGUCACCGCCGCCACGACUGCCGGCGAGGGGGAGAUGAGUGCUAUCGUCGCUAAGAAACCAAGCUCAAGAGCUGGAGGGAAAAUUUGGUCUUUCCCACGCAGAAUAACUGUAGCGGAAGGUUCACGUGUUGUAUUAACGUGCGGAGGUGCGGGAACUCCUACCCCGCUGCGUGUCUGGAGUCGCCGCAGACCGCCGUCACCGGCUACUGAUCCGAGAAUUCGAAUAGAAGGACAUCGGCUUGUUAUCCCAAAACUAGAGGCAGUAAUGUCAGACAACUACACGUGCGUGGUCCGUAACCCGUGGGGCGAGGAGCGCGGCGUGUGGGAGCUGCGCGCGUCGUCGCCGCCCGCGCGCCCGCGCCUGCGCCUCAGCGGCGCCGCGCCCGCCGCGCUGCUGCUCGCGUGGGACGCCGCUGACUCUCACAAGCGUAUCGCGGCGCCCGCGCAGUUCCCGUCGGGCGGCGAGGAGGGCGCGGCGGCGGGCGGCGGCUUCACUCUGCUGGCGGCUGCGGCCGGUCUGCUCGUAGCGCUGCUGUUAUUGGCUAUUCUGGCGUAUAGAAGAAGUGCAGCAGCUUCGUGCUUCAGGAAAGGCUACGAACAAAGUGGAGUUUCAGAAGAAGACAAGUCCAUAGAAAAACGUGAUAAUAGAAGGAAUUGUCAGCAAGUGUACACAUCGUCGCCUAUCAAACAUCCCAAUAAGAAGGAACAGCAAGAAAUGUACGAGAUCAGUCCAUACGCGACGUUCAGCAUGGCGGGCGGCGCCAGCGGAGUGAGCGGCGAGGCGGGCGGCGGCACGCUGCGCACGUUCGGGCGCGCCGAGCCCGCGCCGCUCGCCGCCGCGCCGCCGCGCGCGCACUCGCACCGCUCGCCCGCACACACUGGUAGCUAUGCUCUCGAAUAUACACAUGAGUACACCCUUUCACGAGCGAUGACUCUGAUGGUGCGGCGAACUGAGUCAGACUCAGACUCCAGCGGGUCGCCGUGCGCGGAGUGUAACUCCAGCGUUUCAUACAGGAUGCCGUUGGCUCCUGCGAAAGCAGCGGAAGAGGUGUUCCGCGCUGUGACGGACUCCAGCGCAGAGUCGUGCGGCGGCUCGGGCCCCCGCGACAAGGCGCGGCGGCGCCCGCGCCGACACCACACGCCCAACACCACCAGGUAA